AUGUCUUGCCUUCCAGAAGUUAUGGAGAAUAUAAAAGUGCUGGAGAAAGGAGGAAAGGCUUCAUUCUGGUUUGACAAAUGGCUUGCUUCAGGCAUAUUAUCAGUUAGCAUAGAGGCUGUACGUAACUCCAAGUUGUUCAUCAAAGAUUGCUGGAUCAAUAAUUCUUGGAACUCUGAUCGUUUAUUGGAGUUAGUGGGUUCGGAACUAACAGAGGAGAUUUUACAAAAUGUGCCAACUAGUAAAAGUGGACAGGACAUCUUCAUCUGGAAACCUUCUCCAGAUGGUAGGUUCUCUACUGGCACAGCGUGGGAGGUGAUGCGAUGCAAAAGCUCGAAUACAUUGUACCAUGAUUGGUUUUGGCACAGUACGUUGCUGAAACGUAUUUCUAUGUGUUUAUGGAAAGCUUGGUCUAAUUGCUUAGCCAUGGAUGACAGAGUGCAGAGCAAGGGCAUUUAUCUGGCUUCUUCAUGUGAUUGUUGUGCACGAAAAGCCACAGAAACUAUCGACCAUGUUUUAGUUUCUGGGGAUGUAGCUUUGACUGUUUGGUCUCAUGGGAGUGCUGUGAUGGGAGUCCCGUUUACGCAUCAGAUGCCUUGGAAAACCAAAGUUAUGAUUGAACGUCCGAGAAUUAGGGCGAAUGAGGUAAAAAUAGUGACUUGGUCCAAACCUCCCUCAGGUUGGGUUAAGCUAAACUGUGAUGGGAGCUAUCGUGGAAAUCCAGGGAACUCGGGAGGUGGUGGAAUUAUCCAUGACUCUAACGGUGUGGUGAAAGCAGCGUUCUCAACUCACUUUGGGAAUGGGACCAAUAACUGUGCUGAGCUUAAGACUGGCUCCGGAAAGGGAGAUGUACCUUAUGGUACCUUUGAGAUUUCUGGGAUGAUAUAA